AUGGCGCGGGCGGGGGGCGGGGGGGGGGAGCCGGGCCCGGAGCUCGCGCCGCUCGCGGUGACGGUGCAACAAUCGCGGGAGGAGGCGGCCGGCUCCGCCGCGAGGGGUGCUGGGAAAGGCCAGGCCCGGCCAGCCGAGCCCAGAGAGCGGGCGGAAGGAGGAGUCAGAAGCAGGCUGGAGAACCGAGCGCCGAGCGGGUCGUCACAGCUCUGGCCGCGCGCCUCGGCUCAGCCCCGGCGGCCGCUUGGCGUCUCCGUGAUCACUCGGGUACCUUCCGGCUCCGCUCGGGAAUCUCCGUCAGCAACUCGGGUACUUCCGGCUCCGCUCGGGAAUCUCCGUCAGCAACUCGGGUACCUUCCGGCUCCGCUCGGGAAUCUCCGUCAGCAACUCGGGUACUUCCGGCUCCGCUCGGGAAUCUCCGUCAGCAACUCGGGUACUUCCGGCUCCGCUCGGGAAUCUCCGUCAGCAACUCGGGUACCUUCCGGCUCCGCUCGGGAAUCUCCGAGCUCGGCGCAUGCGCGCCCCGGCUUUUUUCUAGUGGGCUGGGGCGGGUUCGGGCGUCUCCCGGGCCGUGCGCCCCCAAAGUGCCCCCCUCUGACGCGAAACUUGCUCCCUCAGAGGUUUACGCCGUGUGCACCCCUCCCCCCAGGGCCCCCCUUAGACUCCCUUCAGCUGGGGAUACCCCCUCAGGGACCCCCACCCUCCCAGAGACCCCCAUUCCCCCCUUCACCCUCGGGACCCCCCCAGAGACCCCCCUUCACCCCUGGGACCCCCUCCCUCUCAGAGACCCCCCAUUCCCCCCUUCACCCCGGGACCUCCACCCUCUCAGAGACCCCCCCUUCACCCCUGGGACCCCCUCCCUCUCAGAGACCCCCCAAUUCCCCUUUCACCCCGGGACCCCCUCCCUCUCAGAGACCCCCCUUCACCCUUGGGACCCCCUCCCUCUCAGAGACCCCCCCUUCACCCUUGGGACCCCCUCCCUCUCAGAGACCCCCCAUUCCCCCUCUUUGCCCCCAGGACCCCCUCCCUCCCAGAGACCCCCCCUUCCCUCCUUCACCCCUGGGACCCCGUCCCUCUCAGAGACCCCCCUUCACCCUCGGGACCCCCUCCCUCUCAGAGACCCCCCCGUUCCCCCUCUUUGCCCCCAGGAUCCCCUCCCUCUCAGACCCCCAUUUCCCCCCUUUGCCCCUAGGACCCCCUCCUUCUCAGAGACCCCCAUUCCUCCCCUUCAUCCCAGGGACCCCUUCCUCUCAGAGAUCCUCAUUCCCCCCCAAAGGCCUCCCCUUCACCCCAGGGAUCCCCUCCCCUCAAAGACCCCCAUUCCCUAGGCAAGACCCCUUCACCUGGGGAGAUUCCCCCCUACAGGGACCCCCCUUCCUUCCAGUGACUCCCUCCCUCACAGGGACCCCCUUCCCACAGGAGGAUCUCUUCCCCCUCCCCCCAACAGUGACCUUCUUUCUUCAGGGGAAACUCCUCAAGCUCCACUGCUGCUCUUGGUCUCCAAAAGGGUGAGGAACUCCUGGCCCCCCUCCCCUUUCACCUUUUGUUUGUUAUUGGGGUUGUGCCCCAGCCUGACUGCGGCCCCGUUGGGCUGGGUGCUGCACAAACACCUGGCAAGAUGCAGCCCUUGCUCCAGCGAGUUUCCAGUCCAGGUCUCAAGAAGAGCUUGGUGUCUCCGCCCAAGGCAGCCAUGGUGCCCAACAAGAGACUGUGUAUGACUUGGCCAAUGGGCUGAGUCAGCAAAGACCCACCACAAACAGAGGGAGAGAGUGGAAGCACUCGGGCAGGGGGUGCUCACGAGAGUGGAUGAGUUUUGUGGAUGAUGCUUACCCCAUGAUUCACUUUGAAUAAUUAGUGGCUUGAUUCUGAAUGCCAAGACACAGUCCUUAGGGAUAACUAUGACUCUCUGGCUGCCUCUGGUGCCCUGGUUCAUGGAAAGAGGAGUUAGCGAGCUCACACAGCAUAGAGAUGUGCUAAAAAGAGGGGGCUGUUUCCUCCCCCCCAUUUCCUGAAUCUAGAUAGAAAUUGAACCUUUAAUGAAAAAUGGACAUAGAUCUCAUUCAGAAUGCUGCCUUCUAUGGUACUGGACUUGGAAAAUGUGGUCUCCUCCAAAGCCUGUACAGCCUCGUUGAUCACGUACAAGUUCUCUCUGCGCUUCCUUAAACCCUCAAUGAAGGAAUGGUCCAUGUUGAUUUUCCUAAAAAAAAGAAGUGAACUCUGCUUCGCUAUUGAGUUUCUUUCUGUAGGUUACUGUACAGUCUUGACACUGGCUGUCCUUAUUCUUGGAUUUGCCACUCUGGGGGCACAAAGCAAGAGGAAAGCUGGCUUAAGUGUCCACCAGGGAAUUCCCCUGAUCUAAGCAGAAUCCCUGAGUUCACAAAGUCGUGGAAGCCUCUAUUCUAUCUCCUUUCAUAGUGCUGAUGAGAGGUGCGGCCGGGGAAAUGAGAUGUGGCCCUGUUACAGCUAGUCUCAGCAGCUGACAUGGGCCCAUGGACAGCUGCUGCAUAAGUUAAAGCAGUCCUUCCUUCCCUCCCAUUUCUGCCAGCCUCACCUUUCUCCUUGUAGCAACGUGAGGUCUGCUGGGCUGACCUCUACUCUUUUCACCUUGAUGGACUUCCCUUGGUAGGUGCUGGCAGCUCCUGUCACUUCAGUUCUCACAAAGUCAUCAGGCGUCUUAAUAGUCCACGCUACUGUGCCAUCAAUGCAAUCCUUAACAGUGAUUGAGCGUGAAUCCUGGACAUCUGGGGUGGGGGAAGGGGGAGAAGAGAAACCCUGCAAGAGUUAACACAUUCUCUUUGUACCACUAAUAUGUAAUUAUGGCCCAUAGCUCCUGUGCACACAGGAAGGAUGAGGCCUCACAGAGUUCAGACACAAACAGCAUAGUUCCCUAGCCAGUCGCUGAAAGAAAACAGCGUCUUCAGCCCUGGAUGCUGCAGGCAGUGUUGCCACACUGGACAGGUGAAUACUGUGGGAAGACUGGCAUUACCUAGAUUUCUGCUGUCCUGUCCUGGUACCAGAACAUCACAGAGCCGAAAUCCUGUUUUGUAGUAGCGGUGCUGAAUCCUCCAUAAUCUCUUUUUUGGUUUCCUUCGAACGAGAUUUAGGGGUCUGAAUUGAUCUUGGUCGAUAAGGCUGCAAACUGGGAUCAGAUCUCCAUCGUGAUCCAGCUGCUUUGCCAGGUCUUUGGUUACUUUGUGAAACAUCCUGUCUGCAGCCUGAUGUACCCUUUAACUGAAGCGAAAUGUACUUUUACCUUAGGAGGCAAAGACAAGUGAAGCAAACACAUCUGAAAUCAACUGGAGGUUGCAGCAAGGUAUCUUGCUCUUUGACAGCAAGUUUUACCGGCUCAGAGCUAAAAAAACAAGCAAAAAACCUAAGGCCAUGUUGACCAAAAUUAUGUUGAUCUAGUUUAUGCUGGCAUACAGCCACUGUUGUUGUUAAAUCACUUGUGUGAGUGCACACUGGGAUUGUUGUGUCAGCAGUGUGUGUCCUCAACAGGAGUGCUUGCAUUGAUUGUAUUGUCAGGGGGCAACAUUGUGGGACAGCUCCUGGAAACCAGUAACAGUUGAUGUAAGCAAGAGGGUCUGCAUUGACACUGUGUCCACCUAAUUACCUUGACUGUGACUCUAUGCUGCUUGGCGAGGUGGUGUUACUAAAUUGGCGUAGAGACGCACUUACAUUGGUGAGAGCCAAAUUUAAGUGAAGAUGCUGCCACAACUAGGUUGAUACAUGGCAAUGUAGAAAGGCCUAAGCUCCACAAAUGGCCUGUGGGAUGGGCCACUGUUAUUACACCCAGUUAGAGAGACGUGAUUUGCCCUAGAUCAGACACAGUGAGUCAGUUCAAGAGUUGUGAGCAGGAUCUACGUCUCCCAAAGUAGGUUCAUUUAAUUGUAUCCUGUCAAACUCUAUACUUUCUGAUCAUGGGUGGGGAGUGGAGCGCCCCCCCCCUUAGGGAAAGUGAGCCCUUGGCUCUGCCCCUCCCCCCCCAUGACCUCUCCUCAUAGCUGGAGCCCUGAAACCCCCUUCCCCGCAGCUGGAGCCAUGAGUCCUUCCUCCCAGCCAGAGGUGUCCUGAACACCCCCCCACCCUGGUCUGCUCAGAGGAGCCCCACCUCCGCUCUCCUCCCCAAGCUGUCCCAGGGAAAAGCCUCUCAUUCUUGUCCGAAGAAGCUUUUGAUAUGCCUCAUGCAGGUUCCAGGGUGGCUGAGGAGGUGAUAUUUGCUACUCAGCUUCCUGGGUUCAUCAGUCAUCUUUCUCAAGACCUGGGAGAUUACUGAUGAACCUGGGAACCUGGAUACAAUAUGUCGCCUCAGCCAUCCGGAAUCUGCAUAUCAAAAGCUUGCUGUCACUGGCAUUUCACAGAGAGGGAAACUGAAGCAUAGAGUAGAUAUAACUUGCCCAAGGUCACAGAGCGAGUCAGUGGCAGAGCUGGGGAUAGAGCCUGGAAGUUUUCACUUCUGGCAUCUUGCUCUAACCACUAGACUCAGAGCUAGCAAUCCACAGCCCAGUGCCCUAGGGAAAGGCAGAGCAGUCAAAGAUCUGGACAACAAACACUGAUUAAUGGAUGCUGCAUAUAAUAAUUCCAAUACAGAGAUUUAAAAAAUGAUUCAGUAGUUUUUUUGGUAUUGUAGAGGGGGAGUUCACAUAACUCCUCACACAGGUUUGGAGACAUCCUGUCUAAUUCUGUGCCAGUUCCCCCAGCAUGAACAUACAGGACUGGCUGUUGUUAGUUUAGGUCAAUAAUAGGGAGCAUGGAAGCUGAAAGCUUCCCUAUCCUCACAGCUGGGAGUUAAACAUCUGGCUGGGGCAGAAAGGAAACAAGUGCCCUUCAGGCAACAUCCCUUUUCGGGUCUGUCUCAUGAGCUCACCUCUACCCCCACUUUUCUCUGUAGUUUGACCAUCAUCUGAAGUAUUAGGAUGUGGAGGGCAUAGUAAAGGACGAAGUAAAAUGAUUUUAAUUUACAAAACUAAACUUGCCCAGACACAAAAAAGCUAUGUGCUUUUUCUCUGUGCCCAGUGAAAUUUCCCCUCAUGGCUAGGAUUCAGCACCUAUGAAGAAGGAAGGAAGGGUUGCUCCUCCCCACCUUUAUACUUCAGGUUAAUACCGUCCACCCCUCCUG